AUGUCUGCUGAAUACGGUACUGUUAGCACUACUCAAGACGAAGAAGCCCCUUUGAUCUCUAGAGAAGUUUCUGAAAAUGAAACCUUUAUUCAAAAGGUGAAGCGUGUCCUACAUCUUCAUGGCCACCGUGUCCUUAUUUCUUGGAUAAUCGUUAUUGCCAUCACUGCUGUCUUAACUCUUUCUUUCCACUUUGCUCUUAAGAGAAGACAUGAUGCUACUACUCCCGUAGGUGAUGAUGAAAAAGCUUUAUUAGAAGAAAUGUGUGUUUCUGAUCGUAGUUGGUUCGUUGCUCUUAUGCUCUCUAUCUUCCUUGGUCCUUUUGGUAUUGAUCGUUUCUACUUGGGAUACAUCUUCCUUGGCAUUAUUAAGCUAAUUACUGCUGGUCUUGGCGGCAUCUGGUGGACUGUGGACAUUAUUCUUAUUGCCUUAAAUGUUGUCCCUGAUCAUCCUUAUGGCUGCCACCUUCGAUAA